AUGUCUAACAUGGAAAUGAAUGUCGACAGUAAUAUGAACAAGACUGACGUCAGCCAACAGAAGUUUGAGUUAAAAAACGGUAACGCUGACAUAGAAAAGGGGACUGUUGUGAAGGCUGGUUCUAAAAUCCCUUGGACAAAGGCUAUUAUAGCGAUGUUUGCGCUCGGUGUGCUGGCCGGCGCCUGUGCAGUGGCCUGGGUCUUCCAGGAUUGGAAGGCGAGUCUUUUAGUGUUGGGUAUCCUGGCAUUUGUCUACUGCAUAGCCUUCUACUGGAGGUGGAUCUAUGUGGCCAUCAGAACUGCUCCCAGGGAUUUCUCUGCCCUAUACUGCUACAUCAAAAUUCUGAGGCUGACUAAGAACUUCACGAAGAAGAACUGGUCUAUGCCCGACAUCUUCCACCAGCUGGUCGUCAAACAUCCAAACAAGGCGUGCUUCCUAUUUGAGGAUGAAACAUGGACAUUCCAGCAGGUGGAAGAAUACAGCUUAAGAGUGUCAGCAGUUUUAAAAGGCAAAGGUGUGAAGCGCGGAGACACCGUAGCAGUCAUGAUUGGGAACUGCCCAGAGAUGCCAUCCAUCUGGUUAGGAGCCACGAGACUGGGUGCCGUAUGCCCCCUAAUCAACACCAACCAGACGGGCAACACCCUUCUGCAUUCCAUCACCAUCGCCAAGUGUGACGUGGUCAUCUAUAGUGACGAGUUCCAAACAGCAUUCCAGGACAUAUCGAAGGAACUGAGCCCUUCCCUAAAAUUGUUCAAGUUCGUCCGCCGGCCGCUCAAUACUGCUCCUGAUGCCGUUAAGGUUGUGGAAUCCGAUGAUGACUUCACAUCUAUGUUGGAGAACACUGCCCCAUUCCCCUGGACUCCAUCCGACAGUGACGGGUUCAAUGGAAAACUCCUCUACAUCUACACUUCAGGAACCACUGGACUUCCAAAAGCAGCCGUUAUAUCAUCUUCACGUAUGGUGUUCAUGGCAUCAGGUGUCCACUAUUUGGGAAGCUUGCGAAAGAGUGACGUCAUCUACUGUCCCAUGCCUCUAUACCACUCAGCUGGUGGUUGCAUCACGAUGGGCCAAGCCUUCAUAUUCGGAUGUACUGUAGCGCUCCGAACCAAGUUCUCAGCAUCCAGAUACUUCCCAGACUGCAUCAAAUACAAUGCCACGGCCGCCCACUACAUCGGUGAGAUGUGUCGCUACGUUCUGACGACACCGCCUUCCCCUACGGACACGCAACACAAAGUUAGAACAGUUUACGGCAACGGAAUGAGGCCAGCGAUAUGGUCAGACUUCGUCAAACGUUUCAACAUAAAGAAGGUAGUUGAAUUUUAUGGAGCUACUGAGGGCAACGCGAAUAUAGUGAACAUUAACAACAAAACGGGAGCUAUCGGUUUUGUAUCUAGAAUAAUCCCAGCAGUGUAUCCUAUCGCUAUUCUCAAAGUGGACCCUGAUAGCGGAGAGCCCAUUAGAGACGAUAGAGGAUUGUGUCAGUUGGCGAAACCUAACGAGCCAGGUGUCUUCAUAGGAAAAAUUAAGCCAAAUAAUCCUUCAAGAGCGUUCCUCGGUUACGUGGACAAGGCUGCUUCAGACAAGAAGAUUGUUAGAGACGUUUUUGAUUAUGGAGAUUCAGCGUUCAUUUCAGGUGACAUUUUGACGGCUGAUGAGCUCGGCUACCUGUACUUCAUGGACCGUACAGGAGACACGUUCCGGUGGCGAGGAGAGAACGUCUCCACAACUGAGGUGGAAUCGGCCAUCUCCAGGGUGGCAGAUCAGAGAGAUGCUGUGGUUUACGGUGUUGAGAUUCCCAACACCGACGGUCGCGCUGGUAUGUGCGGCAUAGUCGAUCCUCAAGAGACACUAGACCUGGACAAGCUGGCGAAAGACAUUGCUAAAGACUUACCGAAAUACGCGAGACCUAUAUUCAUUAGGAUCAUGGCUAGCGUUGAUAUGACGGGAACUUUCAAGAUGAGGAAAGUUGACUUGCAGAAAGAGGGCUACAACCCUUCGCUAGUCAAAGACAAACUAUAUUACGCAGACCCCAAGACGGGCAAAUAUCUGCCUCUUGGAAACGAAGAAUAUGAAAAAAUUAUGUCAGGACAAAUUAGACUGUGA